GGGCGCCAGAACUCCGCGGACUAGGCCCCGUCAUCUUCCCCUCCGACUUCGCCAUGGACAACGCCCCGAACUCUUCUUCCGCCGCCGCCGCCGCUUCCGGUAACGGCGUACAAGGGGGAGCCGGUGGGGACCGUCCCGAGGACCCGUCGAAGCAGAACCUGGCGCAGGUCACGGGCUCGAUCCAGAAGACCCUGGGCCUGCUCCACCAGCUCAACCUCAACGUCUCCUCCUUCAGCUCCGCGUCCCAGCUCCCCCUCCUCCAGCGCCUGAACGCGCUCGUGGCGGAACUCGACGCGAUGCAGAAACUCGCCGACGGGUGCAACAUCCAGGUGCCCAUGGAGGUCGUCAAUUUGAUUGAUGACGGGAAGAACCCCGAUGAGUUCACCAGGGACGUGCUCAACAGCUGCAUCGCCAAGAACCAGAUCACCAAGGGCAAGACUGAUGCUUUCAAGAGCCUGAGGAAGCAUCUUCUUGAGGAGCUGGAAGAAGCUUUUCCAGAUGACGUUGAAGCGUACAGACAGAUACGUGCUACCUCUGCUGCUUACCACCAUCAAGAAUUUUCGAAGUGCCUGAUGAAGUUCACUCAUCUGAUAAAACUGGACGUGUCUGUAAGUAUUCUCAGGAACUCGAGAGCCAGAAAUGGGAUUCUUCAUUUAGUGAGUCUUCUAGAGGUGGUGGCCCCUCUUCUGCAAAAGGCUCGAGCUAAAUCCCUUGAAUUUUCAGAUGCUUCGACAUGUGUCGAUAGGGUUUUCUAAUGAUCCUGAAGCUUGCUGGCAUUUUCGGCUGCCCACUGUCAUCUCGAGCAGUUCGAGGUUUCAGAGUUUAUCGUUCUAUAAGAAGUCAGCUUGAGGUGGUAUUGUGCAUCCUUGACGACUCAGUCGCUCUGAGGCGGAUGUUCAUAGGACCAAGGGUGACGAGUGACGACACUUGAUCGUGUCUUUGGACACUGGGCGGAGUUUGUAUCUUGAUAUAAGAAGAGGCAGGGAAUGAGCCUUGGACCUUUUUUCGCCCCAAGACUACCCUGGUGUGUAGAUUGAGAUCUUCUGAGGGACCUUGGGGGUUUGUUUAGCAUAAGGUGAUGUAUGCCUGAAGGGCUACUAUGGAGGUGGCGUCUAUCAAUAGGCAAGUGCGAGUUCCGGUAAAACUUUUGUUGCUUCUUUGUUUAAGAAAAAUAUUGACAAGUGCGAGUUCCGGUAAAACAUUUGUUGCUUCUUUGUUUAAGAAAAAAAA